AUGGUGGACCUCAACCGGCCUAUCGUACCCGCGCCUGGUGGUUAUGUUGUAAACCUCGAAAAUCCACAACGACGCGGGGAGGCCAUGAUCACUUGGGUGGGAAUCGUGGGAAUGGUCGUUGCCACGCUAUCGUUAAUUGUCCGGGCAUACACAAAGAUCGUGUUAGUGAAAAAACUGUCAUCUGAUGAUUGGUGUCUCCUACUUGCGUGGAUAUUCUGCAUACCUGUACAGUCACUCAUUGUCUAUAGAGCACCAGCUGGCCUGAUUGGUGUGCAUGCUUGGGAGUUGACUGGUCGUCAGCUCAACACCAUUGCUAGAAUAACUCUGACGACCACCGUGCUGUACUCGCCAGCUCUCGCCUUUGCAAAACUGUCCUUCCUUUGCUUCUACCUAAACCUGAAUCCCGCGACUGGCUUCCGCACUGGAGUCUAUUUCACCAUGUUCGUUGUGAUUGGGUCCUGUGUCGGCAUCGUCAUAUCUUUACUUGCAGCAUGCAAGCCGUUUGCGAAGAAUACCGACGUUACCGUCAAAGAAGGGCAAUGCUUAAAUAAAGCAGCGUUGUACAUCGCCACUGGGGUACUGAACAUCUUCACGGACAUUAUGGUCAUCAUCCUACCGAUACCAAUGGUUCUGGGCUUGCAAAUGUCCAAGGCGCGUAAGGUCAUGCUGAUCUUGCUUUUCAGCGCUGGCUCCAUUACAUGCGUCACAAGUGCGGUGCGUGUUGCACUACUUCCUCCAAUGCUGACGUCGAGGGAUCCGUCCUGGGACACUGUCUAUCCUAGUUUGUGGAUUCUCGUUGAGGCGAGUCUCAUAAUCAUCACUGGCACUCUGCCCACUAUGCGGCUGUUCUUGAAGCAUGUGGCCCCUAGUUUGAUCGGCGACUCCGAAGCAACCCAGCCGUCGACAGCGCGCCGGGGACCUGGCUGGGAGCUACAGCAUAGAGGAACACAUGAUCCUUAUGAUAUGGAAGAUGAGUCAUCUGAGAGGGAAAUUUUUGGCAAGGCACCAUGACGGCAGUGAAAUUGGAAUUGGAUCUCGGAGCUUGGGGGGCUAGCGUGCGUUUGAAAAUCCUGCCGACAACGUAUGUCUACAAAAUAUAAAUCAACUUUGUCCUUACACAGUAGGACCAGUAAUAUAGGUGGCUUUAACUGCUCCGAAUCCC